UAUGUUCAGAUGGAUGUUCAAACUAAGUGAAUGGAAACGCUUAUCUACUUAUGACGUUGAUUUGAAUACUGGUUCAAGUGCUACUCACAUUGAGGUGAUUGACAGGAAGACUAAGAGGCUUGUGGAAGAGUUGAUAGACUCAAAGAUUGUUCUGUCCAUGAUAGCUAUUUACCAGUCCAAAAUUUGGGCUUAGACUUAUGGAUCAAGGGGCAAAGGAGAUUCUGCAGAAACUUUCUGAGAAGCAUGGGAAAAAAAUGAACACAGUUGAAUCCGCCCUAAAAAUUGCCAGCUUUCUUAAGUUCUUUAAGGAUCAAAUAAACAUGGCUGAAGUCAAGUAUCCUCUGCAGCACUUCAAGACAUUCAAUGAAUUUUUCAUAAGGGAGUUGAAACCUGGUGCGAGAACAAUGGCAUACAUGAACCGUGAUGAUGUUGCUGUAUGUGCUGCCGAUUGUCGAUUAAUGGUAUUUGAUAGAACCAAAGGUGUAUAUUGA